CAUAGUGACCACGCCCCCUGUAAUGGUUGAAAAAUAAAUGACACAAUCAGUUGUGAUUCAAGUUGGACAAUGUGGCAAUCAAGUCGGCAGGUGCUUUUGGGAUUUAGCACUAUGUGAGCAUGCACAAUGGAAUAAGAAAGGAAUUUAUGACGAGCCUCUGAGCAGUUUUUUUAGAAAUGUUGAUAUGAGAGGCCAUGAUUUGUCUGUUGGGAAUAGGAUUUCUAACUUAAGAGCAAGAGCUGUCUUGAUUGAUAUGGAAGAAGGCGUUGUGAGUGAAUUACUUCACAGUUCUUUGGGUGAGAUAUUUGAUCACCGUCAACUCAUUACUGAUGUAUCUGGAUCUGGUAACAAUUGGGCUGUUGGUAACAUGUACUAUGGUGGCCAGUAUAAAGAGCAGCUGUUAGAUGUUAUUCGUCUGUCGGCUGAACAUUGUGACUGCCUCCAAUCCUUUUUUAUACUGCACUCAAUGGGAGGAGGAACUGGAUCUGGUGUUGGUAGUAGAGUCUUAGAUAUAAUACAGAAUGAAUAUCCUGAUGUGUAUAGGUUUGUAGUUCCUGUGUUUCCUAGUUCUGAUGAUGAUGUUAUCACUUCACCAUAUAAUUGUGUUUUGGCUUUGAGUGAGCUAACAAGCAAAGCUGAUUGUGUUCUCCCAAUAGAGAACCAAGCUCUCCUUGACAUUUGUCGGACUAUAAGGAAGGCAGGAACUUGUGCUAGUAAAGGCCCAUCUGGAAUGAAGCCAGGAACUGGCAUUACUGAUAAAGGAAGAGAAGGAUCUGAUAAACCAUUUGAUGACAUGAACAACAUAAUUGCUAAUCUCCUUCUAAACUUGACAAGUGCAUCAAGAUUUGAAGGCUCGCUCAAUGUUGACUUGAAUGAAAUAACAAUGAACUUGGUUCCUUUUCCCAGACUUCAUUAUCUCCUACCAGCCAUGACACCACUUUACAACAUUAAAGGAGUUAGCAUACCACCAAGAAGAUUAGAUCAAGCAUUCUCUGAUGCAUUUUCCCGUGACUAUCAGCUCUUGAAGACAGACCCAAAGAAUGGAACGUUUUUGGCAUGUGCUUUGAUGCUAAGAGGAAAAGCCAACAUAUCAGAUGUAAGGAAAAACAUUGAAAGACUGAGGCCAUCUCUCAAAUUUGUACACUGGAAUAGAGAAGGUUGGAAGACUGGUUUAUGCUCUGUACCUCCACUCAAUCAGCCAUAUUCUUUGCUCUCUCUUGCUAACAAUACCUGUUUUGCAAGCUCUCUCAAUGAAAUAGAAACACGAUUCCAUAAACUGUACAAGCGAAAGGCACACUUGCAUCACUAUACUAAAGUUGAUGGUAUGGAUAUCAGUGCAUUUGAGUCAAGCAUUGAAUCACUUCAAUCACUUAUACACGAAUAUAGAUCUUUAGAACAGGGCAAUGUUGAUGCUGGCAUACAACGUUUAAAGAUAUGCUAGUAUUAAUAA